CCACCACGUUCAAUCUUGUCCAUCUCUAAACGACUAAAAUUUAGCGUCUUUCUAUGUUUCCUACGAGUAAAUCUUUAAUUCCCCCGAUAUAUGAGUGAUUCGGGGAGCGACGGAGACGCAGAAGCAGAAGUCGAGGGCGUCUUGAAUCCAGAAUAUUACUCAUCGGACAGCAGGGAAUCCGACCAGCCAGUUUGGCGAAGACAAAACUGGCAGCGGAUUAUGACCCAAAAUCCCGACUCUGGUCCUGAUUUGGUGCUGCAAGAAAUGGAGGACGAGUACGAAGCCUUGGAACCAGAGCCUAAUGAUGACUAUGUCACCACAGAUGAAGAGGAAGAGAUUGCGGAGCCUGUGGAGAUGUUUGAACCAGUUAGGGAACAGCAGGAUAGACGAGCUAUAAGAAGGGUCUUGCAGGUUCUAGUGCCUAGGGAUUAUAUAGUGCAGGAACCUCAGCAGCAGGCCAAUGGAAAUCAGGAACAACCCCAGCCACAAGCCAAUCAGGAACCUCAGGAUCAGCCCGAUGAGAACCGGGAGCCUGGUGUCAAUCAGGAACCUCUGCCACAGCUGGCAGCCCCGCCCCAGCUUAUAGUUGACCUGGAAGAACCUGUAGCUCCUCCCGCAGCAAUCCUGAUAGAUCCUCCGCCGUUGCCCAGUCCGCCCAGUACUUCCCGGCGAGCCCAAGCAGAUGGGGCAGCUGUGAUUUCACUGGAUACACCGUCGCCUCCCAAAAAACGUAAACGUCUCUCUGCCGCCGAUAAAAGUUUAAAAAAAUCACCCGAGAGUAAACCCAUUGUUGUGGAUGAGGACGAGGACGAUGGCCUGACCUGUCCCAUUUGCCUGGACUCCUGGGAAAUGAGUGGUGAGCAUCGACUGGUCUCCUUGCGCUGCGGUCACCUCUUCGGCGAAUCCUGCAUCCGGCGCUGGUUGAACGAGAGCCAACGCCAGUCAUCAGUAAAGGUGUGUCCGCAGUGCAAGACGAAGGCCGCAUUCAAGGACAUUCGCCACCUGUACGCCAAGCGCAUCCAGAUGCUGGACACGGACAUAAGGGAGCAACUGGAGGCGGAGCGCCGGCGCACCCAAACCCUAACCACAGAGUUGGCCACCGCGAAGCUGGCCCACACCCUAACCUCUGAGAAGCUGAUGCUUAUGCAGAAGGAUUACGAGCGUUUGAAGGAGCUGGUCAGGGCAGGCGGUGCUCGUGGCGCCUUCGGAGGCGAUGCCAUGGGCAGUGGGGAUCCGAAGAGCAUUCACAUGCUGGCCACUCAUCGUUUGUACAUGGAGAAGAACUUCGAGAUCACCAGAGAACCGGGUUGCCGGGUUCUGCUCUAUUCCGCCAAACACUCAAUGCUGGUGGCCUCGCAGAAGAGUGCCCAGAACCUGUUCCCCGGCUAUGGAGUUCGCUUUAUCGAUCCGCCCAGCUUCAAGCCACUGCACUUUCUGCACACCUCCGCGCUGUUAAUCAGGGACAUUGCGUUCAGCGACUCCCAGCACCUGCUGACGGUAGCCAGUCGAGAGCCAAAGAUCAAGAUCUUCGACAUAAGAACGCGUCUGUGCUCAGCGAUGUUCACGGCGCACGACAAGAUGCUCUGGUCCUGCGCCCUGGAUCGCAACGAGCGGGAGCACUUUCUCUACGGCGGAGACCUGCGAGGAGGAGUCUAUAUCUAUGACUUGCGCUUUCCCGAGACCAUACUCUGCGAGUUCCAAGCCGAGGAGAACUUCAGUCCUGUGAUACACAUAGUUCCAGUGCCACCGAACAAGACGUUUACCAGCGGGGGCUUCCUGGUCUGCCAGCUAACGGCCCUCACCUUUUACGAGUACGCUGCGGCCAGUGAUACGGCAGUGCCCACGCGGCUCAAUGUGGAGGGACCCUUCCUGUCCAUGCAGUACGAUGCCGUGCUGGACACGCUGCUCAUAUCGGCCCGAUCCAACCCGAAUUCGCCUCAGUCGCGCUUUAUACUUGGGCGUCUGGACAAGAUCGACAACACGCCAGUGCUAAAGGUUAAGGCCACCAUCUACGGUUCGAAGGCCACGCCGAUAAUGACGCGACCCACCCAACUGGGCGUCGAGGAUAACACCCUAGUUGUGGGCUAUCUGCAGGACAGCAAGCAGUUGAUGAUGCACGAUGUGCGGCGGGAGGAGCGGGUCCAAACGAUGCCCGUCAACGAGGUGAUCUACGACAUCUGCCCGGUGGCCACCCAGGCGGGAUCCUAUUUGGCCGCCCUAACCGACAACAAAUGUCGCGUCUACAAGGUUAACAGUUCCAAGCGAUGAGCUAUGUUUGCAUGUGCGUGCAUUUGUUUUCCAUGAAAAUACCAAAAGAAGUGUUUAGUUUUAGCUGAUUUCUGUGAAAUAAGUGACUGCUGAAAAGGGACGAACUUUUAAGCGUUGUUCUUAGUUUAAUUUUUUCAUUAAUUCCGUUUAUUAAACAUUUGUCAACCUUACGGUUCGCGUACAAGAUUACUCUGAACAUAAAUCUAUAUUGUGUACUCCAUGUUCGGUUUUUGAUUCUUGAUUUCAAUUUUUGAAUGCUCGUAGUCUGUUGUGAAUAAGUCUUGUAUAAAACAAAAGAAAAUGUUGGUUCGAUUAAUAAUAUACAUAUAAAGCUAUACAAAAAUGUGUUAUCCAUACAAUAUCCAAUUUUUAUAUAUAUGCGUAAUUAUAGAUACUCCUAAGUGAAUUGUGGAAAUGAACGAAUGAUUAAAUAGAUGUCUAAAUUCA